GAGGAGUUAGGAAAGGAGACCACUGUGUGGAGGAAUCAGUUUGAUUAACUUUAACUUUAUUGACAACAGAAGACAAGCACAAAGACCAGCGCUCUGCAAAGUGUGGGGGAGCUAGCCCCGCCCCCUGCUGUACUUAAUGUUUCAUUCAGACUUAAAUACUCGCUCGUUGAACACAUUUCAAACAUCUCUGCUUUUUUAACACCUCAGGAUUGUUGAUGCAGAGCGGAGUGGACGGGCUGGGGUGUAAGGUUGGACCAUGUCCUGGAUGUAGCCUGGACCCGAUCCGUUCACAGUACAAGUACUAGUGACUUGAAGCUGAUGCAGGUAACCAGUGAAGGGAGCGGAGGACUGUGAGUGAACUUAGGUUAAAGAUCAAGUUUGAUUUUCAGCUGGUGUGAAGACGUCCACUGAGAGAUGUCAGACAGUCAGGGAGACAUUCAUGCUGCUACCUGAGGAUUAGUUGUGUAAGAAAAGUGAGCGAGACAGAGUUGAGAGUUUGUGUACAGAGAGGAGAGGACCCGGGACAGAACCUUGAGGGACCCCAGCAGUGAGAGGACAAGGUCGGACGACAUCCAGUGGACAAACAUGUCGCAGUAUUCUGGAAAGAUCACCUUCUAUGAGGGGAAGUGUUUCACCGGCAGGAAGCUGGAGGUCAGAGGUGACUGUGAUAACUUCCAGGACCGCGGCUUCAUGAACAGGGUGAACUCCAUCCGAGUGGAGAGCGGCGCCUGGAUCUGCUUCGACCACCCCGACUUUAAGGGCCAGCAGUAUAUCCUGGAGCAUGGAGAAUACCCAGAAUUCCAGAGGUGGAACUCCCACAACGAUCAUAUGGGAUCCUGCAAGCCCAUCGGCAUGCACGGCGAGCAUUAUCGCAUCGAGCUGUUCGAGGGCUGUAACUUCUCCGGUCAGUGCGUAGAGAUCUGCGACGACUGUCCCUUCCUGCAGAGCCGCGGCCUCUCCAAGAACUGCAUCAACUCCGUCAAGGUCUACGGAGACGGAGCCUGGGUGAUGUACGAGGAGCCAAACUUCCGUGGUCGUAUGUACAUUGUGGAGCGCGGCGAUUACAACAGCCACAACGAGUGGCAGGCUCAGAACCCCAACAUCCAGUCCAUCCGCAGAGUCGUCAACUACUUCUAAACCCCGCCCCCUGAAAUCAGCUCUACCACUGAUGUCAUCAUGUACAAAAAUAAACCAGACUAAACGAA